GACUUCCGCGAAGCAACGUUCAUUUGACACGUAGAUUGCCACGUCGAUAUUCACUUGGCGCCUUAUUUGCGCGUAAAAAUGCUAGCGUGUACAAGUGUGCAUGUCAUCAUCGUAAUUUCAGGCAGACGCAGGGCCCAUUUUGUGACCGGCCAUCCCUCGGUCUGGUGGGCGUCUCAUUUUCUGUUUUCCCUCCCAGCUCCUUCCACUCCAAUAACGAGUCUUGGUCCUCCCAGCAGCUCGCAGAGCACAUGAAUUGAAUUGAUGAAUUCAAGAUGCAGCGGAAGAAGGUGAGAACUGAAAUGAAGAAUAUUUUCAAGAAGCUUCACAUUGGGAGCAAUCACGAUCCUAAUCGACCCCAUGAAACUCCUCCCUCUUCCUCCUCCUCCUCCGCAGUGACCUCACAAUCUGGCGCCUCCGAUCCCCGUACAACUCCUGUUCAGAAUUCCGGUACCCCUCUGCCUAGCCCUUCUUCUUCUUCACCAUCGCCUUCCCCUGCUCCUCCACCAGCUGGCGGCGCUUCCUCUCCCCAACCUGCCAAGUCCAAUUUUGACUAUUUCUCGUCGGAGGAGGAGUUCCAGGUUCAGUUAGCUCUAGCCAUCAGUGCUUCCAAUUCGGAGUUCCGGAAUGAUCCUGAGAAGGAUCAGACCCGAGCGGCAACGGUACUGAGCUUAGGAGGUCAUCGAACGCAUUGCACAACGAAUAAGGAUCACGAAGCGGAGGCACUCUCUAGGCAGUACUGGGAAUACAAUGUUCUUGACUACGAGGAGAGAGUAGCAGAUGGUUUUUAUGAUGUAUACAGCCUCUGUAACGAUGCUGCAAUGCAGGAGAAAAUGCCAUCUCUGGCUGAACUUGAAGGAAACCCUGGAAGUUCUAACUUUGAAAUUGUCAUGGUUAAUAGAAAGAUUGAUCAUGUAUUGGAAGAGCUGUUGCAAAUUGCCCAUUGCAUUGCAUUAGACUGCCCAGUCACCAAGGUUGGUGUUUUGGUACAAAGGCUUGCUGAACUUGUUACAGGGCAUAUGGGUGGUCCUGUAAAGGAUGCUAAUAUUGCAUUGACGAAAUGGAUGGAAAGAAGUACGGAUCUAAGAACAUCCCUUCACACUAGUGUGUUGCCUCUUGGGUUCAUAAAUAUGGGGCUAUCCAGGCAUCGGGCUUUGCUUUUCAAGGUAUUAGCUGACAAUAUCAAGAUGCCUUGUAGACUGGUAAAAGGCAGUCAUUACACUGGUGUUGAGGAUGAUGCUGUGAACAUAAUAAAGUUGGAUGAUGAAAGGGAAUUUUUGGUUGAUCUCAUGGCUGCUCCUGGAACACUUAUCCCUGCUGACUUAAGUGCAAAGGAUACUGCCUCUAAGCCAUGCAACCCCAAGAUCUUGCCAAGAUUACAAUCCAGUAAAGAAAGUGGAUCUUCUUGCUCAAGGAAAACAUCAUCCGAUGGUGAAGGAAGUAGUCAAAUUUCUGUGAAAAGAGAUGAUUCAUCACCAUUGACUGGAAAAUUAUCUUUUGAGAAGUCAGACAUGUCUUCAAAAAUGAGCUCAAGCAAAGAUGCUGGUGCUAUUGCUUCCAAAAUGCUAGACAGAGCAACUUCCAGCCAACCAGAAAAAUUGCCCCCCUCUGCUGGCACUUUGCUAUAUAGUUACAAGGGGACUCUUGGAAUGAAUGCAAUUGGUGAUGGGACAAGACUGAAUGCCAAUAUUGUACCCUAUGGUCAGGACAGCCUAGACAACUCAAGGAGCCUUUUUGCGGAUCUUAACCCAUUCCAGAUAAAAGGAACUGGCAAGACCUCUGUACACAACAAGCCUAUGGAAAAUAAGUCUCCUGAGCUUCAAAUUACAAGAGACAAUUCUGUCUCUGGCCAACCCUCUGUACCAUUGAUGUGGAAGAAUCGUUAUGCUUACAAUGACAUUCCCAAAAAAAUUAACCGUGAUCCUAGUGAAUAUAAUUCCCAGUCAUCACAUAAUUCUAAUUCUGUUAUAAAUAAAGAUAGAAACACCCUCAAUUUGAUGGAAGUCACUGGUUCAUCGUUGGCACCUGGUGCAGGUGAGCUGAACAGGGCUGAGGGUCUCAAAGAGGACUGUAACAGAAGGAAUGGGGAAAGCUUCGAAAAUGAAAUGAUAGAUGUGGCUAAAGAACAUGAGAACAAUGAAAUUAAGUUUCAUGACCGGAGAAAGUGCACAUAUGACAGAUUCACGGGGAGCAAUUUGAAAUUAAAGGCCUCAGAGCGUCCUAGCUCAUCAAUUGAAUCCAUUGCUAUUGGGGCUGAUCAAAUAUUGGAUGACGCAGAUGUUGGUGAAUGUGAAAUUCCAUGGGAGGAUUUGAUUAUUGGUGAAAGAAUAGGUCUAGGUUCAUAUGGUGAGGUAUUCCGUGCUGACUGGAAUGGCACUGAUGUUGCAGUGAAGAAGUUUCUGGAUCAGGACUUUUCAGGCGCUGCAUUGGCCGAAUUCAAGAGAGAAGUACGGAUCAUGCGUCGAUUACGUCAUCCGAAUAUUGUUCUUUUUAUGGGUGCUGUUACUCGUCCUCCUAAUCUCUCAAUCAUUUCAGAGUUUCUUCCGAGAGAAAGCUUGUACAAAAUUCUUCAUCGUCCUAAUUGUCAGAUUGAUGAGAAACGUAGGAUAAAGAUGGCUUUGGAUGUGGCAAGAGGCAUGAACUGCUUACACACCAGCACACCUACUAUUGUUCACAGAGAUCUGAAGUCACCGAAUCUUUUGGUUGACAAUAACUGGAAUAUCAAGGUUUGUGAUUUUGGGUUAUCACGCUUGAAGCACAACACAUUUUUGUCAUCCAAGUCAACUGCUGGAACGCCUGAAUGGAUGGCUCCUGAAGUUCUCCGCAACGAGCCCUCAAAUGAGAAGUGUGACGUUUAUAGCUUUGGAAUCAUCCUGUGGGAGCUUGCCACUUUAAGGUUGCCAUGGAGCGGAAUGAACCCUAUGCAGGUUGUUGGUGCAGUUGGUUUCCAAAAUCGUCGCCUGGAAAUCCCCAAAGAAAUUGAUCCUGUUGUUGCAAGAAUAAUUUGGGAAUGUUGGCAACAGGAUCCAAAUUUGCGCCCCUCAUUUGCGCAGCUCACUGUGAUUUUGAAGUCCUUGCAGCGUUUAGUUAUUCCAUCUUAUCAAGAUCAGAUGGCUUCACCUCUGCCACAGGAGAUUUCUGUAAAUUCCACCCCUUAGCAAUGCCACUGUUCUUGCGUGUGAAUAAGGAGACUUUCUGCAUCACUUGUGUGAGGAUAGAAGUAGGACAAAAACGAAGGAAGAAUUACGUCGCUCAUCGAAGAUGGCUGUGAAGAUAUUUGAGCUGAAAAACAUAUCAUUUGUUGUGGCCACUGCAGCAGGCAGCAGAGCCAUCUUGUGAAUGUAAAAUCACGUGUCCAUAACCUAUACGAUGAACCAAUAACUGUUAAUGUAUGUAAACUAAUUACCCCCCUUCUCAAAUUGAAUGCAUCUAUUGCGAUAA